AUGUCGAUGAUUGGUGGUCCGAGGAACCCGGAGGGACGAAACCUCCACAACGUCCAGCAGCUGAUCGGUAAUCCAGAAGAAGUUUCCCCUCAGUUAGGGGGGAGCUCCACUUUGAAGCAGGAGACUCCACAACCACCCUGCAUUAAAAAGGAAGAGGAGGAACUCUGCAUCACUCAGGGGGGAGAGUGUCUUCUAGGACGAGAGGAAGCUGAUUACACCAAGUUUCCACUGAGUAUUCUCUCUGUGAAGACUGAAGACGAUGAAAAGAAACCACAAGUACACAACCUCUUAACUCCACUAUCAGAUAGUGAGGCUGAAGACGAGGUUGAAGAACCUUUGAGCAGCGAUACAGACUGUGAAGGUGAUAUGAGGACUCACAUUGACAACAAACACUCUGACUCCUCAAAAAAGAAGAAAGGCAUCCAGCAGCUGAUUGGUCAUCCAGAAGAAGUUUCCCCUCAGUUAGGGGGGAGCUCCACUUUGAAGCAGGAGACUCCACAACCACCCUGCAUUAAAAAGGAAGAGGAGGAACUCUGCAUCACUCAGGAGGGAGAGUGUCUUCUAGGACGAGAGGAAGCUGAUCUCACCAAGUUUCCACUGAGUAUUCUCUCUGUGAAGACUGAAGAUGAUGAAGAGAAACCACAAGUAGACAACAUCUUAGCUCCACUAUCAGAUAGUGAGGCUGAAGACGAGGUUGAAGAACCUUUGAGCAGCAAUAAAGACUGUGAAGGUGAUAUGAGGACUCACACUGACAACAAACACUCUGAAUGCUCUAAAAAGGAGACAGGUAAAAAACAUUUCAGCUGCUCAGUUUGUGCUAAAAGCUACACUAGAAAGAACCAUUUGACUCAACACAUGAGAACACACACAGGAGAAAAACCCUUCACUUGUUCAGUUUGCGGUAAAAGCUUUUUUCAAAAGAGCAGUUUGACUCUACAUAUGAGAAUACAUGCAGGAGAGAAACCAUUUAAUUGUUCAGUUUGUGGUAAAAGCUUUUCUCAAAAUAGCAGUUUGACUUUACAUAUUAGAGCACACGCAGGAGAAAACACAUUUAAUUGCUCAGUUUGUGGUAAAAGCUUUUCACGAAAGGACAAUUUGUCUCGACACAUGAGAACACACACAGGAGAGAAACCGUUCAACUGCUCCGUUUGUGGUAAAAGUUUUUGUCAAAAAAUAGAUUUGACCCGGCAUAUGAGAAGACACACUGGAGAAAAAUCCUUUAUUUGCUCAGUUUGUGGCAAAAGUUUUUCACGAAACAGCUGUUUGACUCAACACAUGAGAAAACACACAGGAGAAAAAGCAUUUAGUUGUCCAGUUUGUGGUAAAAGAUUCCGUCGUAAUGCAGCCGCAGUAAAACACUUAACAAAACACACAGGAGAAUAACCAAUUACAUUUUUUUAUUGCAGUCUUUUAGCGCCCCCAGUUUUCAUCCGAUCUGAACUGUUAAGGUAUCAAAAUGUACUCCGGCCGGAAAUCGUUAGUUAUCAAAUAUUCAUCUUCCCAGAACACAAAGAUUACCCAGAUUUCCAGGUUCUCCAGGACAUUUUUUCAUUGAAAAUGAAUGGGCCAAUUUACCACAUUUCUCACCCGAUCUCAACCGUUCAAUCAUCCACAGACUCCACUCACCCUGGACAUUCAAACCAAAGUGUUUUCAAGUUCCGAAAUUCCCCUUAUUUCCAGGAUUACAGGACCAUCUCCCCAUUUGAAAUGAACUGAAUAAUUAUACACCUCUCCAUAUCCCACAUGUAUUAUCCAAUUUAAACAUUUCUACCAUCCACACAUUCCACUCACCCUGGACAUUCAAACUAAAAUGUUUCCGGCUUCAGACAUUUCCCUGAUUACCAGAAAUUCUGGCUUUUAAACACCACUGUGUUUGACUUUUUUCUUUUGAUUUUUUCUCCCCCACUUUGUAUCCGAUCAGAACCAUUCAAGCAUCUAAACCUUUGACUCGCCCGGGAAUCAAUAGGAGGCCAUAUUUUUCUUUCCAAAACUUCCCUGAUUACCAGGAAGUACAGAUCGUUGUGCACAUUAUUUUAAUCCAUUUUUUACCUGAUUUGAACCGUCCCACCAUCCACACACUUUACUUACCCUGCAUAUUAAAGACAAAAAUAUGUUUCUCAUUUCUCAAAAUUCAGGGUUUUCCUGGAAUUACCAAUAUUUUUCUCCUCAUUAAAAAGGAAUAGGCAAUAUACAAAAUUCUGCAUGUCCCACAUUUCUCAUCUGAUUUGAACCGUUCCAUCAUCCACAAACUCCACUCAUCCUGGACAUUCAAGCCAGCAUGUUUCCCAGUUUUAAAAAUGCCCGGAUCACCCGGAAUUACCAGGAAUUUCCCACCAUUCAAAAUGAAUGGGUAAUAUACAAACCUCUUCAUAUCCCACAUUUGUCAACUGAUAUGAACCCUUCCAACAUCCCCACACUCCACUAACCCUGAACUGUCCACUCAUGCAUAUCGGCAACUUGCGCCCAUACGGCAUUCACACGCAAUUCCUACCGGAAUUGUGUUAUCUAAUGUUGCGUCGACCAGCUCUUCCUCCCAGGGAAUUUAAGUCACUGGUCAAUCCCAAGUUCUUUCGAUGACAUAUAUGCUGAGUAAGAAGGACCAUCAAGACAGAAUAAGAAUAUUAUCAAGUUUUACUGAAGCUUCAGGAGAACCACCUAAACCAAUACAUAUUCAUACCGGCUUCUUAAGUUGUUCUAACAUUCAAACGGAAAAACACUACUCUUUAAAGACGAAUCUGAAGUUGAUCUCGUAACUUAAGUGUUGAAAGUAAAAAAAAACUAGUACAAAUGUAUCACUUUAUGAGUGGGGCACCUUUUGGAUCCUAAAUAUAUUUAAUGGGAUUUUAUUUAUCUUUUCACUGUGAUUACUCAAAAAUAACAAUGAAUUCAUAUCAAUGGUGUCUUGCAUUAUUGAUGUUUUUAAGGCUCUAAUUACUUCACAUCAAACAUUGCUUUCUGAAUGUUUUGGGCAGUGGGUGAAAUACUGCAUAUUUCAGUUUUAUUAUAAAAAACAAACUAGUCUUGACAGAAAAGGCAUAACAUCUUUUUGUUUUUUUAAUUUGAUAUCAACCUGAAGUUAAUAUACUGUAGAGAUUUACUGUAAGCGUAAAAUAAAAAAAUUAUUUGACUUGUUUUUAACAUUUUAAUGACUUAGACCCUUUAUGGUCCCCGGGAGCCCUAAAGGUAAAAAAAACCCAAAAUCCAUAUAUUUUGUUAUGAUUUGAAAAUGAAAACUAUCAAAAUGGCCCCCGCAGGCUUUAAUUUUUCCGUAUGCGGCCCUCAGUAGAAAAAGUUUGGACACCCCUGCACUAAACAGACCCAUGUAGACAAAGAUAAACUGGUAUACAGAAUAUAUAAAGGAAAAGUACUAGCUGCUCUAAACAUGGCUAUGAAUAAAGAAAGAACUCUUAAACAUAUAUGCAUUCUCCACACUAAUUAGUGUUAUGUCGUUCAUAUGUGGCGACAUCCACCCAAACCAAGGACUCCUCAAAAUAAAUUCACUGCUUCUUUUACAAAUAUCUGAAGUACUUGUACAAAUUGGGAUUAUCUGGAGCAUAAUCUUAUUUCCUCAUGACCCCAUGUCUUCUGUGUAUAUGAAACUUUCCUCAAUAGUAAGAUAGAUGAUGCUUGUAGUGUUCGGUUACUCCUUCUUCUGGCUCCAGCUGGGGAGGAAUUGUAGUCUUCUUCAGUGAGGCUUUUACCGCCUCCAGAAUGUCUGGCUUUGAACGCCAACAACAUGAAUCGAUCCGCCUGAAACUACACCCUCCCAGGUUGCCUGGGGCCUCAUGUAUUAAAACUUGUGUGGGUUUCUAAUAAAAUUGUAAGAGCCUUUGCUCGUGGAGGGUUCUCCUGAGUCCGAUAGAUCUUCCUAGAGCCCGGUG